GCCGUGAACUUGACUUCAAAAGUUUACCGCUCGCGGACUUUGAAUAAAAAUCAGUUUUCUUGACGUGCAAGACAAUUAACAUUUUGAUAAAUCACGAGACACGAAAAUGAAGAAGGAGAAAAAAUCGGAAAAACGAUGGCACCUAACGACGGAGAUGAAGUCACUGGUGAUCACUAGUCCCAACAUGAACCAGUACGCGUCGUGCCCGCAGCUGGUCAAAGGCCAAACGAAAGCGAUGCCCCAGGAGACGAACGAGCUGCAAGCGGUCAAGCGUUUCACGGCGAAAUACGACUCGUACCAGGGCCUGAUCCAGGCGGCCAGCCACCGCUCCGACAGCCCCACGUCCUCCGAGGACGAAGGCAAACCCGCCACGGUCACCGAGCAGGAGCGCAUGCAGACCGAGUCCUUCUUCAGGGGCCUCAAAACGCAGGUCUACGUCAGCAGCACCCUGGCCAACCUCUACUUCGGCACCGCCACGCACGCACCUUCAGGAGGCAACGCGAGUCCGGCCGAGUGGGAGCUGAUGUACACGGGCAUUCCCGUGGUGAUCCUGGACCUGGGCGAGACGCGGUCGCGGCGCAAGCGGCGCAUCCAGAUCCUGCUGGCGGAGCGCGGCUCGUGCUUCACCCUGUGGAAGGACACGAUCGACAACCUGACCUCGUACAAGCAGGUGGCGGCGUCGUUCCACACCAUGUACCUGUCGUCGGACCACCGGCGGGUGGUGGGCCUCAGCUUCGACAGCGCCGACGCGGCCGACGAGCUGCUGGCGCAGAUCGAGGCGCUCACCUCGCGCCCCGAGAACAUCAGCCUGUCCGUGCCCAAGGGGGUGCGUCCGGCGCCGACCCCCAGCCCCCCCAAGCGCCUGCCGCCCAAGUCGCAGAUUUCGCAGCCGUGCUGCUUCCAGCACGUGACCAGCGUCGGCGUCGACGACCGUUCGCGCUACUUCUCGCUGCAGACCCUGGUCGACAGUUUGCCGCCGCCCGUGCAGCCGGAAGAGCAGUGAAAAAAAUGCACACGAACGCUCCCAAUUUUUUUUCCUUGAAUAAUAAUUAAAUGUGUUUGACUGAUUACUUUUUAUACUUUUCGCGUGCUUGGACUCUUCCUAAUUUAUAUUUAACUGUUACUUCAAAUUCCGAGGUUCACCCACCGACUCGUCGUGGAAAUUUUUUUUGCUAGCAGUUAUUUCGGGACAAGAAACAGGAUAGCUUAUAUGUAUAUGAAUAGAAAUCUGGCCGGCGUUCAGGUUUCCCUUGUGAUUGUGAUAAUUUCUGUGCUAUACGUUUUUAAAUCAUGCACAAUCAUAAUACGCGCAAUUCAAUGUCCAUACCAAGAGUUUAUAGUUAUGAUUAGAUGCUCUGUGUGCAUGCUAGGAGUGCAACUUGGGCAGUUCCAAAAAGUGCCUGCGUUGGUUAUUGACACAUUGUGAUGUUGGUAAUAAAUAAAUCCAUCCUGGAUAACAGGUAGUUCGCUUUUUUUGUAAGUUGUGAAUAAAUAUAAUUGUAAAUUGUGAGUGCGCGCAGCAGCUUCGUGUAAAUAUUCAACGUUUUUCUCCAUAAAUAGAUUAAGGCGCGAAAUAAAUAAAAUGAAUACCAUAUCAAA